AUGGUCAUGACCAACCCCAACGCUGCUCCGGCCGAGCUUGCCGGAAAGGUGGCCCUCGUCACUGGCGGGAGCCGUGGCAUCGGAUCUGGAAUUGCCCUUGAGUUGGCCAAGAAAGGUGCUUCGAUCGCCAUCAACUUCGCUAGAGACCCAGCAUCCGCCGAGAAGAUGGUUCACGAGAUCAAAGCCUUGGGAGUCGCCGCCGCUGCCUUCCAAGCCGAUUUGACCAAAAUUGACGCCAUCGAAAACCUCUUCAAGCAAGUGAUGGAGCAUUUCGGCCAACUCGACAUUGUCGUCUCGAAUUCAGGGACCGAGAAGUUUGUCUCACUGGCCGAUACCACGAUCGAAGACUUCAAUGAGGUCUUUGAUCUGAACACCCGGGCGCAGUUCUUCGUCGCCAAAAACGCCUACGAUUACAUCCAGCCUGGUGGACGUGUUGUGUUGAUGUCGUCUAUCGCCGCGGGCGUGGGAGUCCCUGGUCACUCUCUGUACGCUGGAAGCAAGAGCGCCAUUGAGGGCUUCACUCGUUGCUUUGCCGCCGACUUCGGUAAGAAGCGCUGCACUGUGAAUGCAAUCGCGCCGGCCGGUGUCAAGAGCGACAUGUGGUUGAAGAACUCUUGGCGCUAUGCUCCCGGUUGCGACCAGAACUCAUCUCUUGAAGAUAUUGAGGCGGCUCUGGCCAAUGGUAGCCCCUUGAAACGGUGCGGCGUGCCGGCUGACAUUGGCCGCGUUGUGGCAUUCCUGGCCAGCCCAGCAGGAGAAUGGAUCAACGGACAAAUUCUGCCGCUCAAUGGAGGCGCCAAUAUCUAA